AAAAAACAAAAAACAAAAAUGGCACCAAGCAAAGCUACUACUCCUAUUCCUAUUCCUCAUGGAGGACCAAAAAGCUGUGCUACUCAAGAACCUCAUCGACGUCGUGGACGAGAUCUCCGAGAUCUCAGACUUCAGAUGCGUUUUCAGGAAGCAGUGUCACGAUCUCAGCAGGAGAUUGAGGCUCUUGAAGCCUUUGUUCGAAGAUUUGGAAGAGAUCGAGCUCCAAAUCUCCGAAGACACUGUCAGAGCUCUCGCUUUUUUAAAGGAAGCUUUGGACAAAGCCAAGGAUUUGCUUCUAUUUGGAAGCCGAGGCAGCAAGCUUUACAUGGUACUGAAGAGAGAAGAAAUAAACUGUAAAUUUGAGGAAGUUACAAUUCAUUUUGAAAGAGCAUUAAGUGAUAUUUCCUAUGACAAAUUUGACAUCUCAGAUGAAGUUAAGGAGCAGGUUGAGCUUGUUCAUACUCAAUUUAAAAGAUGCAAGGAACGGAUUGAUGCUCCUGACUUGGAGCUGUAUGAGGAUCUGUUAUCCAUGUACAACCAGAGCAAUGAUGUGGACACUGACCCUGGGAUUCUAUGUAUAUUAUGCAAAAAACUAAAGUUUAGGGAAGUUAAAGACAUCAAACAAGAAUCACUAGCUCUGCAGGAGAUAAUUGGUUCAGGGGGUGAAAAUCUGGAGGAAAGUGUAAAGAAGAUGUCAAUGCUGCUCAAAAAAUUUGAAAACUUUGUGCAAGCAGGAUACAGCAACAUGGGUGUUUCUGCAAGUAAUGAUUGUUCUCCCUGUUGCGGUGAUCAGGCAUGCACUGAUCAGUGUUCCCAAUCACCAGUUGUCCCAGAUGAUUUUCGUUGCCCAAUAUCACUUGAGUUGAUGAAAGAUCCUGUCAUUAUUUCCACAGGGCAGACUUAUGAACGAGCUUGCAUUAAGAAAUGGCUUGAAGGAGGACAUGGAACAUGUCCAAAGACACAACAGAUCCUUUCCAGAACUAACCUCACUCCCAACUAUGUUUUAUCGAGUCUAAUAUCCAAUUGGUGUGAGAUGAAUGGGGUGGAACCCUCUAAACGGCCAGGCAAUUCGCACCAAGGAAGGGUUGCGUCUACUGGUUCUGCUGAAGGUGCGGAGCUAGAUAUUCUUCUGAGCAAGCUCACCUCUGACAACAUUGAGGACCAGCGAUCUGCUGCAGCUGAGCUUCGUCUUCUUGCCAAGCACAAUGGUGACAACCGUGUGUUAAUUGCUGAGGCUGGUGCCAUACCCCUCCUUGUUGGUCUCCUCUUUUCACCUGACUCUCGGACCCAAGAGCAUGCAGUUACUGCUCUCCUGAACCUGUCAAUAUGUCAGGAUAACAAAGGGUGCAUCAUAUCUUCUGAGGCUGUUCCUGGAAUCCUUCAUGUACUUAAGAAUGGGAAUAUGCAGGCACGCGAAAAUGCAGCUGCCACUGUUUUCAGCCUGUCUGUGGUGGAUGAGUACAAGGUGACUCUUGGUGAUUCUGGAGCAAUCCCAGCACUGGUAACACUCUUGAGUGAAGGUAGCCAAAGGGGGAAGGUGGAUGCUGCUACAGCACUUUUCAAUUUAUGCAUUUUUCAAGGGAACAAGGGCCGGGCAAUCAGGGCUGGAGUUGUGCCCAUGCUGAUGAAACUGCUUACAGAACCUAGUGGUGACAUGGUGGGCGAGGCAUUGGCCAUAUUGGCAAUACUGGCCAGUCACCCUGAUGGAAAAAUGGCAAUUGGAGCUUUGAAUGCUGUGCCAACUUUGGUGGAGUUAAUUGGGAAUGGAUCUCCUAGGAAUAGGGAGAAUGCAACUGCAGUGCUGGUGCACCUUUGUGCUGAUCCUCAGCAUCUCUCUGAGGCCAAGGAACUUGGUGUGAUGACUCUCCUGUUGGACCUCGCCGAAAGUGGCACAGAAAGGGGUAAGCGGAAGGCUGUUCAGUUGCUUGAGAUUGUAGGUAGCUCGGAAGAGAAUCAUGCACAAACUCAGAUGCAAGCUGAUGCCCAGCCUCAGGCUCAGGUGUCACAUUUGCCAUUUGUAGCAAGUGGCACAGAUGUUGGGACAGGGGAUAGCUAAGUUAAUAGUUUUUAUUUUACUUUAUAUCAUGUUGUAUUGUUUACUCAUUACCCUUCGUUUAUGGGGGUAUAAGUUAAUAGUUUUUAUUUUACUUUAUAUCAUUCUGUAUUGUUUGCUCAUUACCCUUCGUUUAUGGGGGUAAGUGCUACUGCCAUUAUACUGUAGUAAUUUAUGUUAGGAGGCUUAUGAGAGGUGUUGUAAAGAGGUUUAGGAAUGGGAGAAAUUGAGGUGCGGAUAUAAUUGUGUAGCUAUAAUGCACUUCUGCUGAUUCCUAUAAUUUUUAUAGUGGAACAAAUUUAUAAUGGAA